AUACAGUCACGUGCAUGGCAUGUAUGCGACGACUUCGACCAGCCGAUCUGAUGAGGCUGUGUUCAUGCACUGCGCCAGCACGACCAGCGCCAGGAUGUGAACAGGAUUCUAAGAGCCUAUUUCUGCAGUUUCGCCAUCUCUCUAUCUCACUCAGAAUCUGUUCCGCGACACAGCGAGCAGGAACAGCAUGCACAAGAUCACGACCAUUAGGCUGUCUUUUUGGUCGCAAUGUCGUCGCCAAACUCCCAGAACCUUUCCAAUCCUCCAGCAACGAAGGCGAAUGCAACCUCCCCGAAGGUGACCUCCGAAGAUGUCGAACUUGGGCCUGUGCAGAAUGGCGAGACACCCCCGUCCCUCCCCUUAGAAGAGGAUAUCAUGCAAUGCGCCCGUAUAGGGGCACUGGAGUAUAUCCAAAAGAUGUUCCAGUCGGGCAAAUAUGAUGCGAAAUACAAAGAUGAACAGGGAGUCACACCAUUACACUGGGCUGCAAUCAACAAUCAGUAUGCCGUCUGCAAGUAUCUCAUCGAACAAGGUGCAGAAAUCAACGCAAAAGGCGGAGACUCUAAUGCCACUGCGGUCAUGUGGGCGUCGCAAAGAUGCCAUUUCUACAUUGUCAACCUUCUGCUUGAGAACGGUGCCGACCCUCUUCUCACAGACGGGCAAGGAUACAACAUUCUGCACCUGGCUACGAUCGAUGGAAAUGCGCUACUCUUGACCCUUCUCCUACACCAAGAUAUCCCUGUCGACACACCAGAUCCCCAAGGGCACACCUCUUUGAUGUGGGCUGGAUAUAAAGGAUGGCCGGCGUGCGUCGAUCUACUCUUGCGCUGGGGUGCAAAUGUGAACGCUAGGGACGAUAACGGGUUCACUCCUUUGCACUGGGCUCUUGUCAAAGGCUCCAAGCCAUGCCUGGACCGGUUGAUUGAAUACGGUGCGGACAGGUUCGCAAAGACUACCGAAGGCAAAACACCCAGUGUCUGUGCCGACGAAAUGAAUACCAAAAGAGCAUACCACCGCUCUCUAGCUGAUCAUGGCUAUGACACUUCCGGCAAGAUUAAAACUCUGCCUCUCAACCUCCACGCUCUAAUUCGAGAUCGGUCGAAAAUGGCCAAAUUUUUCUUCUUGUACCCCUUCUUCAUCAUCCCGAUCGGCUUGUACAUAAUCAGCCGCCUCCACAUUUACACUGGAAUCCCCAUUUUCCUAGCGGUUUGUCUGGGGAUGCAAUAUCUUGCGCAACGAAUUGCGAUGCUGGGUCCGCUCGAAUACCACUCCAUCCACAAAACACCAUAUCUUGCCGGCAUUUUUGCGGGGACUUUGUUUUGGGUAGGCGUCAGCUAUCUGACAUCCCUUCUACCUGUAACCUUGACGACACACCCAUUCAUCAACCUGGCUUUUCUCCUCUUCUUUGCCAGCACCGCAUACUUCUACUUCAUCUCGAUGAUCGAAGAUCCCGGCUUUGUGCCGAAACUGGCCUCCCGCAACCAACAACGGGCAGUGAUUCAAGAGCUAUUUUCGCUCUGGAAGUUCGACGAACUGAACUGGUGCGUGCAAUGUAUGGUCCGCCGGCCUCUACGGUCGAAACACUGCCGCAGCUGCAACCGCUGCGUGGCCAAACAAGACCACCACUGUCCGUGGAUCGCGAACUGCGUGGGCAACAACAACCUACGCCACUUCUACAUCUACAUCGUCAGCCUCGAGAUCGGAAUCAUUCUGUACGUCCGUCUCGUCCUCUCGUAUCUCUCGCUUCUGCCCGCGCCUCCGGACGAUGCUAUUUCCCAAUGUAACGUCCUCAGUCCGGCGUUAUGCUCAUUUGUGCUGCGCGAUCCAUGGACUGUGGCGCUGUCAUUUUGGGCCUGUCUCCAGCUCGUCUGGGUGACCAUGUUGCUUGUCGUGCAGACGGUGCAGAUCUGCAAAAAUCAGACGACCUACGAAAACAUGAGGCGCCAUCAACACGUCCAGCAGCAUACUCACGGCCGCGGCGCACCGCCAUUACUUCCUCUUCACCAGCAGUACCCGAACCGGCCAGGCCCCGUCACUCAGGGUGCGACCCCAGCCACCUCGUCGCUCAACGACACGGCCGCCGCCGCGACCAGACUCAACCCCGUUCCCCGACGUCCCGACGGCUGUCUUACGCGGUGGAUGAAACUGUUGGGUCUCGAUGCCUUUCUGGCCACCGCGUCCGAUGCCUCGCAUGGCAAGUUACAGUCGCGCACUGGGAACCCAUACAGCCGCGGCGUGAUCGGCAACUGCAGGGACUUCUGGUGUGAUCCUGCUCCCAUCUUUGGCAGACGGAAGAACGGCAUGGGAUAUCUCGGUGGCGAGGUCGUGGACUAUGCCCAUCUGUACGAGGUGCCGCUGCGGCUUAGGAGAAGUGUUAAUGUCGGCCCAGGCGGCAUGGCAUAUACCAGAGUUGCUGGGGAGGAGGUCGACGAUGAUGAGGACAAUGUUUGAUUUGGCACAGACACAGACAGGUUCCCUAGGUACCUUUCUGGCACAUUACAUUUCCAAUGAUGUACAAAACAUGGCUUGGGCUUGGACUUGGACUUGGACUUUUGGCCACACAUGUGGGCGUGGAUUUGGCUCCUACGGUCUGACUGUACAAACUUCCAAAUCGGCCAAGGUUGACGACUUGUGUAGUAAAAGUGACAAGACUGGCCUUUUGGACCAUUCUAGUUGUAAUUCGCCGAAGAUGUGUUGGGAGUUCCCUUUUCGUCUCUACCUUAGGCUUCACGUCUGAGCCGGACCACCUAAGCUCACCUGCCAAAUGUAUUCACACCGUAACCCGUAUUUAACAAUGUGCUCGUAAUAUUGUAGGCAUGCGCGUGCGUACCUACGUGCGUAUCGGAAGAAGAGGGCCCACCGAACACAACUUGAUAAUAUU